CACCUAACACCACUUCGACCUGUGCACUUUCAGAUAUAGUUGCAUUGGUACAAUCAGCAGAGGAAAAUAAAGAGAAAAAUAUCGAAGAAAUUAUAGAGGGAAUUAUGGAGGGAAAUACGGAGGGAAAUAUAGAGGAAAAUAGGGAGGGAAUUAUAAAGGGAAUUGUGGAGGAAAAUACGGAAGAGGAAAUUAUAGAGGGAAAUACGGAGAAAAAUAUGGAGGAAAAUGUAGGAGAAAGUAUAGAAAAAAAUAUAGCUAAUGAAAAAGCAAGAAUGAAAUUAGCAAUCGAGGAACUAGACAAUUUAUUAAAAAAGGAUGAUGGACAUAUGGAUAAAAAAACUAAGGUUCGCUUACAAGCAUCACUGCAAUACUUGCGGUUAAGACACCAAGGUUGGACUAAAAUUCACACAAGUGCGACAAUUGCUGGCUUAUUAGGCUGGGGCGAUUAUAAAGCGUGA